GACGCUCUAGCAUGGAGAUGCAUUCGGUGGUUAUUGGCUAUAGUGGACGCUCGUACCGAAGACGUUAAGUGAUUGGUAUUUAUCACAGGGUUAUGGAAUCGGAGUCAGAUUUCGGAAGGAACUUCGAAUCUACUGCUGCAGUAUGUCAAUUUUAUCCGAGAGGUACAUGUGUUAAAGGAGCCUCUUGUCCAUUUAGGCACGUACGUGGAGAUCGUACAAUAGUAUGUAAACAUUGGUUAAGAGGUCUUUGUAAAAAGGGUGAUCAGUGUGAAUUUUUACAUGAGUAUGAUAUGACAAAAAUGCCAGAAUGUUAUUUCUAUUCCAGAUUUAAUGCUUGUCACAAUAAAGAAUGUCCAUUCCUACAUAUCGACCCAGAAACUAAAGUCAGAGAUUGUCCUUGGUAUGAUCGUGGAUUUUGCAGACAUGGACCUUUAUGCAGACAUCGACAUGUUCGUCGUGUUUUAUGCAUGGCUUAUUUAGCUGGAUUUUGUCCUGAAGGCCCAAACUGUAAAUUUAUGCAUCCAAGAUUUGAAUUACCAGCAGUGCAAGAUAUGCAACCUAAAGAAGGGAAAAAGGUAAUGAUCACCUGUCACUUUUGUGGAGAAGGUGGCCAUAAAGCAAUUUAUUGUAAUAAAAUGCCACCUGAUGUACGUGAAGCUCAAGUUAGACAAGAAAUAGAAGGUAAUUCUCAUGCUACGCAUCACAUGAAUAUGCAUAAUGGGCCCCCACCAAGAGGGCCUCAAAAGCCACUAGAAGAAGUCACUUGUUACAAAUGUGGAACUAAAGGUCAUUAUGCCAAUAAAUGUCCAAAAGGACAUUUAGCAUUUUUAAGCCAUGCUGGGGGUAGUGGAAGUGCUACUCAGAAUCAAAAUUACCGUAGAUGAUUUCACCUAUUUUAUUUGUGUAAGAUUAAUAUUAUGAUUAUGUUUCAUUAUUAGUAAAAUCACUUGUCUGUAAAAAUUUCUAUAUAUCAUAUAGUAAAAUAGGUUUAAUACAAUUAAUUUCAUAUUGACUCGUAAUAA